AUGUCGAGGCGGCGGAUGGACUUUCCUAAUCAUUUAGCGGCCCCGGAAACUGCAAUGUUCUCAGGGUUUCCUCAUUUCAGAACAGGUAGAUUGAUCAGUCGUGAUGAACUCUUCGCGUAUACGAAUGGCCAUUUCCUCAUUGACGAACAACGCCAGCUCGAUCGACGUUACGUGAAAUUCAAUAUAGAUGCCCUUUGCGAUGUCGCUGCAGUUGCAGGCGACGAGUCGUCUCGCAUCACAACUAUUGAAAAGAUGGAAGGAGGCUUUAGCAAGGCUCUUCUGAUGAGAAAAGAAAAUGGAAAAGAGAUCAUUGCUAAGAUUCCCACCCGCAUUGCUGGCCCGACAUGUCUAACGACGGCAUCGGAAGUAGGAGUUUUAGAAUAUGUGCGAAGAAACAGAAGUAUACCAGUUCCACGUGUCCUGUCGUGGUCCUCAGACUGCACGAACCCUGUAGGUGCUGAAUACAUAAUCAUGGAGAAGGCCGCAGGGGUUCCGCUGUUUCAGCGAUGGGCCAAUAUGAAAGAGAUUGAAAAAUUGGAACUCAUAAAGAACUUGACUAAGUUUGAGGCUCAAUUAUCGGCUAUUCGAUUUCCUGCGUAUGGUGGAUUAUACCUUCGAGCAGAUGCAAGCGUCCUGAAGUUCCAUCGCCAUUUACUCGAUGAGAGUAUUGAUCCAUCAAGGACGACAAUAUCAGAUCUUGGGAUAUCGAUCGCAAAACGGGAGCUAUCUCAAAUAUCAAGCAAGCGUCCAGAUAGAUCACCGAUGUUCUAUCAAGGAAGUGUUCAAGAGCAGGCCCAUCUGCUCGAAUCCACCAUCAGUCUCAUGCGCAUGUUGGAUUCUCAUCCAACACUAAUCAAGUCGGGUCAACCUACUUUGUGGCACACCGAUCUACACAUGGGAAAUAUAUAUGUUGCACCUAAUGAGAGCUCACAGAUAGUAUCUAUGAUUGAUUUUCAAUCUCUUUCCGUGUUGCCCGCAUUUCUUCAGGCACAGUGGCCCAUAUUCCUGAAACCCCCACACAGUUACAUAAAAGGACUUGUGCAGCCAAAACUUCCUGACGAGUUUGAUGAGUUGGAUGAAGACAGCAAAUUGCUUGCUCAACGCGAAUGGUCCCAGGCAAAGUUGGCAAAGGCAUACGAAGUUUCAACCUAUCUUGAAGACAGAGUUGCGCACGAAGCUAUGAUGAAUGUGCCGCGCGUCUUCCGAGAGCUUUUUAUUCGCUGUGGAGAGGUCUCUGAGGUUGGUGUGAUUCCACUUCGAGCAUGUCUGAUAGAAAUCUUUCAGAAUUGGUCGACUCUGGGCUUUACUGGGCAGUGUCCUUUUUCAUUUACGGAGGAGGAAAUCGAUACACAUGAACAGCAGUUUCUUGAAUACCAAGCUUGGCAUGAGGUCCAACGCCUGGCGUGGGAAUGCCUAGAUACUGAUGCUGAGGGAUGGGUGGCGCCUGAAGUAGACAUUGCGGAAAAGCGCAAACAGAACAAGGAAUUGCUGUCUAUGUUCAUCGAGCGAAUGGCUGGCGAAAAGUCCCCGGAAGAAGCGAUGAAGAUGUGGCCAUUUCCGGAUGAAGCAUGA